CAUUCUGUCAGUUGUCGUUGUAACUUGCGCGAGUAUACUAAACGAGUGAAACUAACGGUAUUAAGUGAAUUUGUGAUAGAUAGCGGUUAACAGUGUAUAACAUGGGUCAAAAUACCAAAUUCGGUUCGAAUCAAAAACUAGCUUUAUUGACCUUGGCAGUGGCGAUUUCUAUGCAGUCGUGCAUUUUCGCGUUCGAAUUUCCUGAACCCAUUACGAAAUGCCACUUUGCCGAUGAAAAAUGCAUGAUUGAGCAGGCGCACAAGUUGUUUAAGAAAGCUGCCACAGGUGUGCCUGAAAGGGAUAUACCAGCUUUGGAGCCGUUGAGGUUGGAUAAGAUUGAAAUGUUGGGUGAUAAAAAUAGUGCUUUAAAAGUUGACUUGAUAAUGAACGAUGUGGAGAUACAUAAUUAUACGAAGGCGCGCGUUACAUCGAUCAAAGGCUUCAGCAAAGAUCUCAGUAAACCAAUGAAAGUCGUCACGCAAAAUUUCAAUCCGCGUAUCACUAUCAAGUCGAAAUAUAAGAUCAAUGGCAAUAUACUUGUGUUGCCUAUUAGAGGUGAAGGUGAACUCACUAUGGUGUUGGACAACGUAAAAACCCGCUUUUCGACCACACUAAAAGUGGAGGAGCGUAAUGGUAAAAUUUAUUUGUCUGCUGAUACCAUCAAACUCGAAACUCAAAUGGAUAAGGUUCACACUGACAUGACAAACCUCUUUAAUGGCGACAAAACGCUCUCUGAGAGCAUGCUCCAGGUAAUGAACGACAACUGGCGGCUGCUCAGUGAUGAUCUGACGCCGAUUAUCAACGAGGCAUUGGGAAAUAAAGUGAAAGAGUUGUUGAAGAAAUUCUUCAAAGAUGUGCCGUAUGAUGAUUAUUUCUUGGCGGACUAAAUGAGUGUGUUCGAAUAAAAAAUCAUAACACUGUUGAGAAGUAGAAGCAUAUUCACCAUAGAUGAACGAAAUAGCUUUGUAUUUAGUAUUUCGCGGCACAUAUUAACGAGAUGAUGGAAAUACUGUUGUUGACCAAAGAAAAUUGAAAGCUUGUGUCCAUAGUUGAG